GGGAGGACAUGGAGGACAGGGAGGACAGGAGCGGGGAGGAGGAGGAGAGGAGCGGGGAGGGGAUGAGAGAGGAGGUGACUCCGACACUUGGUGUCCACCGGAGGAUCAUGGCGGAUGGUCAUGGCCCCAGGUGGAAGCGCAGGAAGCAGGCCAACCCGCGGAGGAACCACGUCCUCAGCUACAACGAUGCGGCGGAGGCGGGCACCGACUCAGACGAUGAGGACAAGCUGCACAUCGUGGAGGAGGAAGGCAGCCUGGCGGACUGUGACAGCACCCUGCCAGACCAGGACCACCCCAGGGGGCUCUGGCACCCAGUUUGUCGCCCCCUAGUGAAAGAAGAGUGCGUGUCGGACGGCGAGGACGACGCCAGCACAGACGCCCUGGUGGUGGAGAUGCUCCAGCAGGGCGAUACGGCCGUCAUUUACCCAGAAGCCCCGGAGGACGAGCUGCAGGGUCACGGCACUCCCGACGCCGGCACUCCCGAUGAGAACGGGACCCCGGACUCCUUCUCGCAGCUGCUCACCUGCCCGUACUGCGCCCGCGGCUACAAGCGAUUCAGCUCGCUGAAGGAGCACAUCAAGUAUCGGCACGAGAAGACGGAGGAGUGCUUCAGCUGCCCCGAGUGCAGCUACACCUUUGCACACCGCGCUCAGCUGGAGAGACACAUGGCGGCCCACAAGUCCGGGCGGGACCAGAGACUCGUCACGCAGUCGGGAGGCAACCGCAAAUUCAAGUGCAGCGAGUGCGGCAAGGCCUUUAAAUACAAGCACCACCUCAAGGAGCACCUGCGCAUUCACAGCGGAGAGAAACCCUACGAGUGCUCCAACUGCAAGAAGCGCUUCUCCCACUCGGGCUCGUACAGCUCGCACAUCAGCAGCAAGAAAUGCAUCAGCCUGGUCUCGGUUAACAGCCGGCAACGUCUGAGCGGCGGCAAGACCCAGGCCCAGGCCCCGGCCGCCAUCCUUCCCACUUCGCCGGGCGCCCUGCGCGCCCAAAUCCGCGAGAAGCUGGAGCACAGCAAGCCCCUCCAGGAGCAGCUGCCCCUAAACCAGAUCAAGAGCGAGCCGCUGGACUACGAAUACAAACCGACUCUGGUGGGCAUGAAUGGCGGGAUGUACAACGGCGGGGCCGCGACUCCUCUGCAGGGCACGGUGCAGGCCGUGGUCCUCCCCACCGUGGGGCUGAUGUCGCCCAUCAGCAUCAACAUAGCCGACCUGCAGAACGCCCUCAAAGUGGCGGUGGACGGCAACGUGAUUCGCCAGGUCCUGGAAAGCAGCGGCAAGGGCCAGGGUCAGCAGGCCAACUUGGGGUUAACCACUGGAACCAUCCACCCGUCCCAGCAGCAGCUCAUCUCAGCCAUCAGCUUGCCCAUUGUGGGUCAGGACGGAAAUGCCAAAAUCAUCAUCAACUACAACCUGGACCCCAGCCAGGGACAGAUCAUGGCGCAGAACAUUAAGAAGGAGUCGGAGCCAUUCCCGACCGCUGAGUCGUUGAAGUUUCAGAAACUCCCUGAGGACCUGACCGUCAGGGGCGCGAGGGGGACUGAGAUGAAAGAAGAGGAUCAAACCACUAAGACUUGUCUCCUGUGUGAGAACUGUCCGGCCGGGCUGGAAGACCUGCAUGCCCUCAAACACUGCAAGAAAGACGCUCUCAGGCUGAACGGAGAGUCUGCCGUUACCGCGCUACUGUCACAGGGGGGAUUUUGCAACCAGCCCAAGAACAUCCUGUCCCUGUUGAAGGCCUACUUUGCCUUAAACAGAGAGCCCACCAAGGACGAGAUGGACAAAAUCGCAGACUCUGUCAACCUCCCAAUCCAUGUGGUCAAAAGGUGGUUUGACAAAAUGCAGCAGGGUCAAAUAUCACUCGGUGCCCCGACGCCUCCUUCCGAGGAAGACGAUGCCUACGAUUCCAGCAGUGUGGUGUCUCUGGUCCAGGGGAAAGGCGUGGCCUCCGUGAGUCCUUCUGAGCCUCACGACAGUCCCACAGAAGCAACCCCGGCUGAGCAAAACGGCGCCCACAGCUCUCCAGUCUCUCCCUCACCACUAACCCUGAGAGACGACGGUCUCCUUAAAGACCAGACGCCCCAGGGCACCGAUGCACCCCUAGACCUGUCGCUGCCAAAGCCUGACAAAGAGGAAACGGAGACUGUUCAAACCCGCAAUCACCUCUCACUUUCCUCUGUACGCACCAUUCAGGAAGAACCUCUGAACUUAACUUGCACAAAGAAAGACGCCUCGCCACUCUCCCCCUUGGGCUCCGGCCCCCUCGCACUGUACACCAGCCCGCCAAGUGCCAACCCCCUCAAUAUUGUAACCACUCAACUUCCCACGCUGGUGGCGAUUGCUGACCAGAGCCGUAUGCAAUGUCUAAGGGCCCUGACCACCACCAACAAACAGACUAUCCUCAUCCCUCAGCUGGCUUACACCUAUACCACUACCGCUACCAGUCCUGCUGGGACCCUGACGGAAAAGACCAUCCACCUCAACGGGAUCAAGGAGGAGAAGCAGGACACGAGCUCGGAGGGCAUGGAGGACUCGGACUCGGGUCCCCUGAGGAAGAAGAUGAAGAAGACGGAGAGCGGCAUGUACGCCUGUGACCUGUGUGACAAGAUCUUCCAGAAGAGCAGCUCGCUGCUCAGACACAAAUACGAGCACACAGGAAAGCGGCCGCACGAGUGCAGCAUCUGCAGCAAGGCGUUCAAACACAAACACCACCUGAUCGAACACAUGCGCCUCCACUCGGGAGAGAAACCCUACCAGUGCGACAAGUGCGGCAAGCGCUUCUCCCACUCGGGCUCGUACUCGCAGCACAUGAACCACCGCUACUCCUACUGCAAGAGGGAGGCCCCGGGCCAGGAGGAGGACACCCUGGGCGGGGCCCUGGUCCCUUUCCAGCUGGACUCGGACGAGCGGGGGAGCAGCGCCAGGGAGGACGAGGAGAGCGAGGAGGAAUUCGAGGAGGAGGAGGAAGGUGCGCUCGACAUGAACGACAUCCAGGUGGUGCAGGUGGAGGAGGAGGAGGAGGAGGAGGCAGGGAGUCAGAGGGCAGGUGUAGAAGAGGAAGGGGACUGAGAGAGAACUACUGUGUCCAAACCCAGGUGUGCCUGAAAAAUACUUUUCUCAACAUUUGUACAAAUAAUGAAGGAAGACUUUUUAAUCAGUGUUACUAAUUCCACGCCUGGGAGAUGUUUUUAUGGCCAAAGUCAGUAUUUGUUGGCAGGAUGAAGACUACCAGCUUCCAUGCAGCUUUUCUACCCUCCAGUAUUAUUAGUCCUGUGCGGCGCCGGCCCUAGGGACAAAACAUCGGAGCCACGAGUCAACUCUAUGACGCUUUUACGCACCUUUGACAUUUUGGGACCCACGCUCAUUCCCACGUAUUUCUACUUCACCACAUAGUAUUCAAAGUACUCUUCAGUCCAAAAGAGGAAGAGACCAUACAGUAUUAGCUGCAGGAUUCUCACAGGAAUGAGGCCAAAAUACUAACGGUAUUAGGACCACACUUGUUGUCUUGGCUACUUUGAAGAAGUAGUCGGUGAUAUUUUUCUAUGUUGUGAAAGUGUGAGGUACACAACAACACUGCCUGGAGUCUUGUCACCCAAACAGUGAUCUAUGUUUCAAUAACAGGAGCAGGAGUCGUGGUUUCAAAGUACAGUACAGUCGUCCCUCGUUUAUCACGGCUAAUAUUCCUACUUUCCGCAAACUAGGAUUAUUAUGAAUGCAUCAAAUAUUAUAUUGUUUAUUUCGGCCAUGUAAGACUAUUAUUAUUAUUAUUGCAUCAAAUAUUAUAUAUUUUUGAAGGUGACCGUGGUAAACAAGUUUGGACAAAGAUUAAUUAUUAUUUAUGAAUCAAAUAUUAGAGAUUUUUGAAGAGGUAAACACAUUUCGAUAAAGUACAUUAUUAUUUAAAAGUGGAAUAUUUGACAUUUAAGGUGAGCGUGGUAAACACAUUUUGACAAAGUAGGAUUAUUGUUAAUAUAUAUAUAUAUAUAUAUAUAUAUAUAUAUAUAUAUAUAUAUAUCCAUCCAUCCAUUUUCUACCGCUUAUUCCCUUUUGGGGUCGCGGGGUAUAUACAAUAUAUAUGUAUACACAUAUAUACACACACACAUAUAUACAUAUAUAUAUAUAUAUAUAUAUCCAUCCAUUUUCUACCGCUUAUUCCCUUUUGGCGCCUAUCUCAGCUACAAUCGGGCGGAAGGCGGGGUACACCCUGGACAAGUCGCCACCUAAUAUAUAUAUAUAUUUAAAGCUGACCAUGGUAAACGAGUUUUGACAAAGUAAAACUAUUGAUAAAUGAAAUAUUAAUGACUGAAAUAUUAAGACCUUUUUGAAGGUAAAGAAACAUUUGGCAAAGUAGGAUUAUUACCAAUUUUAAUUUUUUUUAAGGUGACCGUUUCAAACACAUUUUGGCAAAGUAGAAUUGUUAUGAAUAAAUGAAAUAUUAAUGAAUUAAAUAUUAAGACAUUUUUGAAGGUGACCGUGGUAAACACAUUUUAGCAAAGUAGGAUUAAUAUUGAUAAAAUAUAUUUAUUUUUAAGGUGACCAUGGUGGACAAAUUUCAACAAAGUAAAAUUAUUAUUAAUGAAUUAAAUAUUAAUGACUGAAAUAUUUCACAUUUUUGAAGGUGACUGUGGUAAAGAAAAAAAAUACCAAAGUAGGAUUAUUAAUAAUAAAUACAUACAUUUGAAUGUGACUGUGAGAAACAAAUGUUGACAAAAUAACACUUUUUUUUUUUUUAGGUGACCGUGUCAAACACAUUUUGGCAAAGUAGAAUUAUUAUGAAUGAAUGAAAUAUUAAGAGACUUUUGAAGGUGAUCGUGUUAAAGAGAAUAUUGACAAAAGUAGCUUAUAAUUAAUAAAUAAAUACAUUUGAAGGUGACUGUGGUGAACAAAUUUCAACAAAAGUAGCCUCAUUAACAAUUUUUUUAUUAUAAUAUUUUAAAGGCGACUGUGGCAAACACAUUUUGGCAAAGUAGAAUUAUUAUUAAUGAAUGAAAUAUUAUUGAAUGAAAUAUCAAGACAUUUUUGAAGUUGAGCGUGGUAAACUAAUUUUAGCAAAGUAGGAUUAUUAUUGAUAAAAUAUAUAUAUUUUUGAAGGUGACCGUGGUGAACAAAUUUCGACAAAGUGUUAUUAUUAAUGAAUGAAAUAUUAAAAUACAUUUUUGAAGGUGACUGCGGUAAACAAAUUUCGACAAAAAAGGAUUAUUAUUAAUGAAUAAAAUAUUGGAUAUUUUUUAGGUGACUGUGGUAAACACAUUUUGGCAAAUUAGGAUUAUUAUUGAUAAAUAUAUAUAUAUAUUUUUUUAAGGUGACCCUGAUAAACACAUUUCAACAAAGUAUAAUUAUUAUUAAUGAAUGAAAUAUUUAAAUUAAAUUUUUGAAGGUGACUGUGGUGAACAAUUUUAUCAAAGAAGGAAUAUUAUUGAUAAAUAUAUUUUUAACGUGACCGUGGUGAACAAAUUUCGACAAAGUAUUAUUAUUAAUGGAUGAAAUAUUAAUAAAUGAAAUAUGAAGACAUUUUUGAAGGUGACUGUGGUAAACACAUUUCGACCUAGAAGGAUUAUUAUUAAUGAAUAAAAUAUUAGACAUUUUUGAAGAUGACUAUGGUGAACAAAUUUCGGCUUACUAGGAUUAUUCUAAUGAAUCAAAUGUAUUAUUAUGUAUUUUUUAAGACAAUUAGAGCCCUCUUAACAUGAAAUACCAUCCAAAUAGUCACUUCUACAUUGAUUUCAGCCAAUAUAGUAAGUAGCCUUCAGUAGACUCUACUGUACAUUACAGAACUCCUAUGGCAGUCACCCGGCCACUACAACACAUCCACAGCCUGGAAAUGGGUCCUUCUUGUAAGUUUGAACCGGGCUGAAACCACCAGUGUAAGCUGUUUUGCUAAAAAGUAAAUCCAUCCAUUUCCAUACUGUUUGUCCCUGUGGGGGUUGUAGCUGUGUCGUUGCACGGCGUGUCACACGGCUCACUAAUGUCCAGGACAAAGUGCGCGCUGCCCAGGCAGCUUCUUGGCCUCGGCACGUCUCGCCCGCAGAAUAUCUCUCAGGUGAGAGGCUGGCGGACGUGGAGUUUCGACGGAGACCAAUCAAAAAGAUUAGCCGCCGUGUUGUUAGCAUUGUUCACCCUGCUCCCACACUACUUCAUUUUGGCCAAAAACAUGCGUUACUAUUCCCUCUGUGGGACGUGGCGAAGGACGACUGUACAGUAACCAGUAGUUUCUUGUCCAGGACGACUGUACAGUAACCAGUUGUUUCUUGUCCAGGACGACUGUACAGUAACCAGUCGUUUCUUGUCCAGGACGACUGUACAGUAACAUUUAGUUUCUUGUCCAGGACGACUGUACAGUAACAUUUAGUUUCUUGUCCAGGACGACUGUACAGUAACAUUUAGUUUCUUGUCCAGGACGACUGUACAGUAACCAGUUGUUUCUUGUCCAGGACGACUGUACAGUACCAGUCGUUUCUUGUCCAGGACGACUGUACAGUAACAUUUAGUUUCUUGUCCAGGACGACUGUACAGUAACCAGUCGUUUCUUGUCCAGGACGACUGUACAGUAACAUUUAGUUUCUUGUCCAGGACGACUGUACAGUAACAUUUAGUUUCUUGUCCAGGACGACUGUACAGUAACCAGUUGUUUCUUGUCCAGGACGACUGUACAGUACCAGUCGUUUCUUGUCCAGGACGACUGUACAGUAACAUUUAGUUUCUUGUCCAGGACGACUGUACAGUAACCAGUCGUUUCUUGUCCAGGACGACUGUACAGUAACAUUUAGUUUCUUGUCCAGGACGACUGUACAGUAACCAGUCGUUUCUUGUCCAGGACGACUGUACAGUAACCAGUCGUUUCUUGUCCAGGACGACUGUACAGUAACAUUUAGUUUCUUGUCCAGGACGACUGUACAGUAACAUUUAGUUUCUUGUCCAGGACGACUGUACAGUAACAUUUAGUUUCUUGUCCAGGACGACUGUACAGUAACCAGUUGUUUCUUGUCCAGGACGACUGUACAGUACCAGUCGUUUCUUGUCCAGGACGACUGUACAGUAACAUUUAGUUUCUUGUCCAGGACGACUGUACAGUAACCAGUCGUUUCUUGUCCAGGACGACUGUACAGUAACAUUUAGUUUCUUGUCCAGGACGACUGUACAGUAACCAGUCGUUUCUUGUCCAGGACGACUGUACAGUAACCAGUCGUUUCUUGUCCAGGACGACUGUACAGUAACCAGUCGUUUCUUGUCCAGGACGACUGUACAGUAACAUUUAGUUUCUUGUCCAGGACGACUGUACAGUAACAUUUAGUUUCUUGUCCAGGACGACUGUACAGUAACAUUUAGUUUCUUGUCCAGGACGACUGUACAGUAACCAGUUGUUUCUUGUCCAGGACGACUGUACAGUACCAGUCGUUUCUUGUCCAGGACGACUGUACAGUAACAUUUAGUUUCUUGUCCAGGACGACUGUACAGUAACCAGUCGUUUCUUGUCCAGGACGACUGUACAGUAACCAGUCGUUUCUUGUCCAGGACGACUGUACAGUAACAUUUAGUUUCUUGUCCAGGACUGUACAGUAACAUUUAGUUUCUUGUCCAGGACAACUGUACAGUAACCAGCUAGGACGACUGUACAGUAACCAGUCCUUUCUUGUCCAGGACGACUGUACAGUAACAUUUAGUUUCUUGUCCAGGACGACUGUACAGUAACCAGUCGUUUCUUGUCCAGGACGACUGUACAGUAACCAGCUAGGACGACUGUACAGUAACCAGUCCUUUCUUGUCCAGGACGACUGUACAGUAACCAGUCCUUUCUUGUCCAGGACGACUGUACAGUAACCAGUCGUUUCUUGUCCAGGACGACUGUACAGUAACCAGUCAUUUCUUGUCCAGGACGACUGUACAGUAACAUUUAGUUUCUUGUCCAGCGAGUGAACGGGCCUUUUCCGAAAUGUCAAAGCGGACGUAAAAGACGGAGAAUGAAUAUGAUUUGCUCCUCCUCCUAUUCAGGCAAGCCCCGCCUCCCGAGCCUUAUGCAACGUUCCAAAAAGAGAAAGCAAAGAAGUAAGAUGCAUAUUUGUGAAGAAAGUGCCAUUGACUAUUGAUCAGGUAUUCCAGGUCCCACAUGUCACAAACCACAUUGUGGAAAAUGUCAGUAUUACUUUUAUUGUGGACUUCCUGCCUGGCUGCCAGAACGUUCUUUAACGCUCAGCAGGUGCAGUAUUAACCCCCCUUUAGUCAUAGACAACUUUUAUAUUUAUGUUUUUUUUUACAUUUCUUUAUGCUUUAUUUAUUUCACUACGUAGUGUACAAGACUGUAGUUUGUAUUAAUACCAUAAUAUAUUUUAGUUUGGGGGGGAUUUUGUUUUGUUGAAGCGUGGCCAAUUGGAAGGUGUUUUUGCACCUGUUGCUGUUCCUCCCGCUAAAACCGAGCUACUGAACGUCUUCUUGUAUGUUGUUAGCAUGAGUGUUGUAUUGAAGGAUUUAACCACCCAAAGACUCAAUAAUAUUCUUCCAAGUCUUUCUUUCCUAGACCCACUUUUUUAUGUUUUAACAGCCUUCUCUUCUUUUUAUGACUCCCCUCUCACAAUAAAAUACACCAAAUGCA